ACUCCUACUAGACGCCUGAGCGCCCCACCUGCCACGGCCUCGGCCUUCCGCCCACUGCCCACCUAGUCCUGCUGGGUACUGCAGACCGCUGAGUGUGCGCGUGAACUCGCGUUUACGGCUCCGAAGGAGCUUACUCCCCACCCUGCAUACGCGGCACCGAAGGGGAACGCCCUGGCCUCGGGGCCGCUGCUCUUGCUUUUUCUUAGUUGUCGCGAACACUGUCCGCCUGGGAGGCGCCCGGCGCGAUGAGCGCCAACGAGGACCAGGAGAUGGAACUAGAAGCAUUACGUUCUAUUUAUGAAGGAGAUGAAAGUUUCCGGGAAUUAAGUCCAGUUUCAUUUCAAUAUAGGAUAGGUGAAAAUGGUGAUCCCAAAGCCUUCUUAAUAGAGAUUUCCUGGACAGAAACAUAUCCCCAAACACCUCCAAUUAUAUCUAUGAACGCUUUUUUUAACAACACCAUAUCAUCAGCUGUAAAGCAGAGUAUAUUAGCGAAGUUACAGGAAGCUGUGGAAGUGAAUCUUGGAACUGCUAUGACCUAUACAUUGUUUGAAUAUGCCAAAGACAAUAAAGAGCAGUUCAUGGAGAAUCAUCAUCCCAUUAAUUCUACAACAUCUAUAAGCAAUAUCAUCUCUGUUGAAACUCCUAAUACAGCUCCAUCAAAUAAGAAAAAAGACAAAAAAGAACAACUUUCUAAAGCCCAGAAACGUAAACUGGCAGACAAAACAGAUCACAAAGGGGAACUUCCUCGAGGCUGGAACUGGGUUGAUGUCGUGAAGCAUUUAAGCAAAACUGGCUCUAAAGAUGAUGAAUAACACUUGGAAUUUGAGACAAGGAAAGAGCAUCCUUUAAAAAGUAAACUGGGUUCAACAUCUUUCAUUAACUAUUUUCUGGUAUUGAGGUGACUUUUUAUAAAAUGCAGGUUUUUUUGUAUGUUUCUUACAUUAAAAAAUGUUGUCAGUGGAAAGUUCAUGAAAAGAUCUGGUUAUAUUACAUUAUUUUCACAAACUUGCCUUAAUAAAAGGUGAAAUGUUACUGUUUAGUAUACUUUAUGAAGCCUAUUAAGCUUUAUAAAUGGACAAAUAUGGGAAAUAAUAAUCAGUGUUAAUUUGUAUGAUCUGAUUGUAGUGGCUAUGAGCCCUUUUCAAAUGUCUUCCCAAUACAGCAGAAUUUUACAUAUACAGUUAUUCCGUAGUUAUUAAUUAUAGAUUUCCCAUCUUAAAGUCUUCAUCUCUUCUUUUGCUUAAUCACUGAAGCAUAAAUUGCUUCAGAGAAAUUUAAAUACCAGUAUUUAAACUUUUUAUGAAACUCUUUGUAGUUAGUUCCUUUUUAUUUUUCAAUGAUGAACUGUUUCCCUUUAAUAAAUUGGUAUCUAUUUAUACUUUUCUUUUGAUUUGGGUCAGGUGUUUGAUCAUGAGAACUUUCAAUGAUAUGUGUAAUAGGAGAAUAUAAAAACAAACCUGCCAAAUACAUUAGAAAGAAUUUGAAUAAAUGCUGGCUCUUAUUUAAAACAUUUGCUGCAUAUACUAGGAUGGGAAUAAAAGAUGCCUUAAUAUUUAAUUUUUGUAUUGUUGGAGACAAUGAUUUUAAUAAAUUCCUAUUUAUCUGC